UAAAAACCACUGACACGUCAGAUUUUCGUUCGCAAAUUCAGGAACUUCCUGGAAAAAUCUGUUAAUAGAAUAUAUUUGGUGGAAAGUAAAUUUUUUCGUCGCAAUAAAUCAAAAAAAAAAGUUUAUUAUGAGACUGAAGACAAGUUUGCUGUUAAUUUUUGUUACUACAACAGUGCUGUACCAGUUUUCCGAAGGUCUGCCUGUGACAAAAAAUAAAAAGGGUGAGAAAGAGGAAAACCCGAGCGUACCCGCUACCCCAGAUGUUGAGACAGCUUUGGAAUAUGAACGAUAUUUGAAAGAGGUUGUGGAGGCGCUUGAAAGCGAUCCAGAAUUCCGGAAGAAAUUGGACAAAGCCCCCGAAGCUGACAUACGUAGUGGCAAAAUCGCACAAGAACUUGAGUACGUUAAUCAUCAUGUGCGCUCCAAGUUAGACGAAAUAAAGCGUGAAGAGGUUGAACGCUUACGCAAACUAGUGAAUAAAGAGUUCGAGCUGGAGAAUGAUAUUGAUCGCGAUCAUUUGAAAGUAUUGCAGCACUUGGAUCAUCAUAAUGAGCAUACUUUCGAAAUUGAGGAUCUCAAAAAGUUGAUCAAGAAAACGUCAGAAGAUUUAGCUGAAGCCGAUCGCAAACGACGUGCAGAGUUCAAGGAAUAUGAAAUGCAAAAAGAAUUUGAAAAGGAAACGAAAAUAAAAAAUAUGACAGAGGAGCAGCGAAAACAGUUUGAACAAGAAGAAAAAGAGAAAGAGGAGAAGCACAAGAAACACGAAAAAGUUCAUCACCCAGGCAACAAGGCACAACUAGAAGAUGUAUGGGAAAAACAGGAUCAACUAGACAGAAAGGACUUUGAUCCACACACAUUUUUCGCGAUGCAUGACAUGGACGGCAACGGCUACUGGGAUGAGGUGGAGGUAAAAGCACUCUUCGUUAAGGAACUGGACAAAGUGUAUCAAUCAGGUCUGCCUGAGGAUGAUAUGCGUGAGCGCGCUGAGGAAAUGGAACGUAUGCGUGAGCAUGUAUUCGAAGAGACUGACAGCAACCGCGAUGGUUUGAUUAGUUACCAGGAAUUUUUGGAACAAACUAAACGCGAAGAGUUUAAUAAA